CAGCUUCAAGAAGGAGACAGUAAAAGUGGACUCUUAAAUUACAGGUGAAAAACAUCUGUAUGCUUGGUGGCUGUCAAUCAAAUAAAAAAACUGCAUUCGUCUCAUUUUAAGUGAGAAUGAUGUCCAACCAUUCAUAUGGACCACACCUCUGUAAGACCAACAUGUCGGAGGAGGUGAGGCUGUUCCAGAGGGUUGUGUACAGCCCCGUGUUUUUGCUGGGUCUGGCCCUGAACCUCUCUGCUCUUAGGGUGUUCUACCGUAAGAGAGCCAGCUUCACAGACACACACAUCUACAUGCUCAACCUGGCUGUGGCCGACUGUGCUCUCAUCACCUUCCUGCCCUUCAGGAUCUACCACACCUUCUUCAGCAUUACCUCUCCUGGCCUCUGUGCUGUUCUGGUUCUCAUUCAUUUCACCAACAUGUACGCUAGCAUCUUCACUGUUACUGCUAUCAGUGUUCAGAGAUUCGUCGCCAUUCAGUUCCCCUUCCACUCCAGGAGAAUGGGCUCCAAGAAGCAAGUGGCUGUUGUAGUGUGUGUGAUGAUAUGGGUGACUAUUGUGGUCCUAUGUGUGAUAUUCAGGGAGCACAGUAGACCUGAGCACAAUCUGGCCUGCUUUGAGAGGGAAUUCCAUUUGUUUCCACUGGGCUACAUUCUGUCUCUGGAGAUACUGGGAUAUGUGGUUCCUCUUCUCACAAUGCUGCUUUGUUCAUGUCAGACGAUCUGCACUCUGCUGGCCUACAAGGACAUGCACUCAUAUAAGGACAACAGAAAAAGUAUUAGAAUAAUAUCAGCCAAUUUGGUAGUCUUUUUCAUCUGUUACACUCCUAUCCAUAUGGCAUUUUUCAUGAAACUAUAUGUUGCCUACAAAGUCCCCACUGACUGCCAACAGUAUCAUUUGAUGCAUAACUUUUAUCAUGUCUCAGAAUGGAUUGCCACAACAAACUGCUGUUUAGAUGCUAUUGGAUAUUUCUUCUUGGUAAAGGAGUUCCGCAAGGAACUGAUCCCAGGGAAGACAAUGCAAAGAGAGAAUCGAGACUCUCCAGAGAGAAUUGCUCUCUCUAGAACCGAAUAGGGGUUGAGAGGAAUUAUCAGCUACUGUAUAUUCUGAUUUGGCCUAGUGAAUGCUGUCACUUGAAAAAUCAUUCAACAUCUGAUGGUUAUACGUAUAUAUGAAUUAUAUACAUAUUUUCCAGCUAUGUAGGUGUCUGGUGUCGUCUUUUUUGAACAACUGAAGGGUAGUUUAUGUUAAAAACGGUUCUGUUUUACUGGACUUAACUUUUGGCAGGCUAUUGUCUCCCCCUCUUGUGUUCAGACUGGUCCUCACACCCUGCUUUAUGCUAAACCAUAUUUACAUGGUUUAUAUUGAAUAAUCAAUAUUGACAUUGUUUAUAUUGGAUAAUGGAUAUUGACAUGGCUUCUAAAAUCAGAAAAACAUUAUAAAAAUGAUAUACAGUUGAAGUCAGAAGUUUACAUACACUUAGGUUGGAGUCAUUAAAACUUGUAUUUCAACCAAACUAUAGUUAUUGCAAUUCGGGUUAGGACAUCUACUUUGUGCAUGGGACAAGUCAUUUUUCCAACAAUUGUU